AUGCUCUGCGAAAGUCGCCCACUGGUGGUGUUUUCGCUCGGUAUAGCCCUUAUCUUUGUUUGGACGCUUCGUCUUCUGGGCGUUCACGAAGCGAUAACCGAUGCAGUGUCAACAAUAUUCGACGAGGCACCGAGCCAUCAAGAUGCAGAAAGCCUCUUCAUUGAACAGGCCAUGAGCGUCGAGUACCCUGCCCCGAUCGACUACGAGCCUAUCCGGCAAAUAUGUUCCCGUACUAGUUUUCGCCCGGGACUGCUGUUCACCUGCGAAGGUCAGCAUGGCGGUAUUGGGAUGGUGCGUAACCAGAUCCUGAAGUGCGUCCGGUACGCAAUCAACGGCGGAGGAGCGAUAGUUAUUCCUUCAAUGGCGCUGCGCAACGCGAAAGACAUCACCGAUAUCGAAACCUCUACCGAAGUGCCGCUCGACUACUUGUUGGAUCACGAUACAUUUGUCACCCAUUUGACAAACGGAUGCCCCGGCAUGCGUGUCUACGAACGCGCAGAGGACUUUCCGUUUUACGAGCGGCGGAUAGGAGAGCCUCUGAGCCUGCUGGGCGACCAGUUCGAGCCGCACCAUCCCAAGGAGGGAUUGAGAUACCCCCGGAAAUGGCGACAAUUCUUCGACGAAUGGCUAGAUAAGAUGUCUGUCAAGGACAAGAUGCAAGCGGAUGCCCCGGUGCAUAUCAAGAUGGAGCAGAGCUUCCUCGAAUAUCCCGUUCGCGACGAUGGCGAGGCCUUCGUGAACGAAUUCGGCAAGAUCUUGUCCUUUCGCAACGAAACGCGCGCCCUGGCGGCCAAGAUUAUUUACAAGCUCAAAGAGAAGUUCGCGUUGCCCAUUGAUCCGACAGUAGCGAUCAAUCCAAACGCCUAUUAUGGUGCACACCUGAGACUCGAGAAGGAUGCAACUUCUGCUUGGGAACCGGAAAAUUGGCGCUUUUCGCGCAUGGAUGAUCAAUUCGAAGAGCAAUUCAAGAAUGUGGAGAGCAGCGGUCUCAGCGUCGUAUACGUUGCGUCUGGGAACCAGACCGUGGUUGAUAUCUUCGCCGAACGACUGCACAAGCGCCUCGCGGCUGGGUCGGGGAGGAACGUCACAGUGGUAACCAAGCAUGAUCUGCUCCAAGGGCCCGACAGAAAGCAGCUCGAUGGCUUCACGUUCGACCAGCUGGCCCUGGUGGACUUUUUAGUAAUGUUUAAGGCGAGCGUUUUCAUGGGCGUCGCGCACUCCAGUUUUCCGUGGACUAUAGCGUUGCGCAGGCACGAGCUCAGCAAAUACUCGGAAUAUGGUAACGAGGGAUCGGACUUACUGCGAGACGAGUACAGUACCAUUAUGGGCAUGGAAGCCGACUAUCCAUACGUUGACCCAUUUGUCUACGGUAUAUGGCCUUAG